UCCACCAUGUCGCCUGUCGACCCUUAAAGCUCAGCCUCUCUUGUUAAUCGAGGUGUAUAGAGAAAGGAUGUCAUUCUGACCAUAUUUAGAUAUAACAUAAUACCACCAUUCACAAUUAUCAAUCAUUCCCAAUAGUGUUAGAGGUGAACAAACGUGAUACUUUGCUUCGCUAGAACACAAAAAUCCAUAGAAGAAAAAUAAAAUGGAGGCUGUAAUUCAACAAAAAGUCAUAGAAGUUGCCAAUCAUGUUGAGCAGCAAUUGGAUGCAGAGUUGGAAAAAUUAGAUAAUUUAGAUAUCAGUGAUUAUGAGAAGAUACGUGCACAUAGAUUAAAUGAAUUAAAACAAAUGCAAAAACAAAAACAGAAUUGGCUGACUUUGGGUCAUGGAGAAUAUACAGAAAUAUAUGAUGAGAAAGAAUUCUUUGAAAUAUCUAAGAAGUCAGAAAAUAUAGUCUGUUUAUUUUAUAAAGACGAUUCUCCACGGUGUAAAAUUGUAGAUCAUCAUUUCAAAAUUCUUGCAAAAAGACACAUUGAAGCAAGAUUCUGUAAAUUAAAUGUCGAAAGAUGUCCAUUUUUAACUGAACGAUUACGGAUUAAAAUUAUACCUACAAUCGCGCUAAUUGUGAAUGGUAAAACUAAGGAUUAUAUUGUAGGCUUUACUGAAUUAGGGAACUGUGAUGAUUUUUCUACAGAAACACUGCAGUGUCGUCUUGCACAAUCUGGUGUAAUCAAUUAUGAUGAUGAUUUACUUCCUUCACAAACUGGCAAGAAGUCAUUUAUAUUUAAACCUUCAAAGCCUAAGACUAUUAAAGGACGCAAUUCAGAUGAUUCUGAUAAUGAUUAAAACUGUA